CCCCACUCCGUCAGUACGUCGUAACUUGCUACGCUCAUUUUGUUGCUUGAGUCGGUCCGAGAUUCCGUUAUGCGAGGUCCUUUCGCGUAUAAUUAGGCAAGCUCCCUAGGUAAUUAAUAUCCUCUGGCCUAUGCAGUGCAUAUUGUUGGAUUAAGCCCCAAGUGCCUACCCCACGUUGUAUUUUCAUCAGCCCAUAGCGUUGCAUGCAGCACGCUGCAGGCAUAGGUUUGGCCGCAGUACCGCAUACAUAACUGGAUUUUGCCUAUUCGCUUUCAAUGCCGCGUGGGCUGUUCAGUCAACCGCACCCCAAGAUUUCCGGGUAGCUCAGUAGAUUAGACAGACACGAACCUGAGUUGCGGGAAAGCUGCCUUUUAUCGAGAUCACGGGAGAGCUGCGCACCUCGACCCUGCAGAUCUAUAGUCAAACAUUCUCAUCUCACACUCCUUGCCAUGGGGUGGAUUCAAGACUUUGUGAUUAAUGGGUGGGAUUUUGUGCAGCAGAAUGGAAUAGGAGUACCGGCGCUGGGCAUUAUAGCCUUACUUGCUGUGCCUUAUCUAUUCGGGAGUUGCUAUGGAGAUGGUGCUCCACGUCUGCGAGACCCUAUUCCAUGUGUCUUCAACACGUUCCAGUACUUCAUGGCGAAUGAUUGCUUUAUGGAUAGGGUCAAGAAAAUUUUGAACAAGAAAGGACUUGCUCAGUUCAACCUAGUGAACAACCGUGUUUUUGUGGUACGCGGCCAGGAGAACAUCCAAACUGUAUUUGGAAGCUCCCACCGACUUGGCACCGAGCCAAUCUUCGUUUCUUUUUUCUUCCCAGUGUUUUAUCGUAUGCCCAAAGAAGAUGCAAGACGGUUUGCCCGUGACCUGUCAGGCAGUGGCCGUCUACCUGCUCCAGGCCAUGAGCACCUUCCGGCAGAGAAGCGUAUCUGGCAGGGAUACGAGCACUUGUUCACCAAAUGGAUGAGUCAGAGAGGCACUUGUUUGCAACCAAUUACAGAGCAUCUUGUUCAAUGCUAUUCUAGGAGGCUAGAAGAAUGUUUCGCAGUUGACAAGCUAACUACUAUUAGUCUCUUUGACUUUUGUAAGCAGUUGGUUAUGGGGAGCUAUACCGAGGCCACGUUUGGCCCACGAAUAUUUGAGAUUAACCCGAAUCUCAUUCAGGCCUUCUGGGAACUCGAUAGCCAGAUACCUGUGCUUGCACUUCGAAUACCUGGCUGGCUAUAUGCCAAGCCUUAUAAAAAGCAGGAAGCUUUCUUCGACAUGAUCCGCAAAUGGAAAGCUAGCGCCUUGGCUAACUUUGAUGUUAAUGGCCCAGCCGUCGAUUCCAACUGGGAGCCAAACUUUGGUGCCCGUAUCAACCGGGAGGUACUUUUUUGGAUCAAGGAAAAUGGAUUCAGUGACGAAUUUGCAACUGGAUCGCUGUCAAUGUUUGUCUUUGGCAUGAGCACGAACUCAAUCCCGAUAACCAUGUGGAUGAUUAUUUACAUGCUCAAAGACAACGGUAUUCUCCAGCUCAUUCGUAAGGAUCUGGCCACGGUGUUUACGACAGACCCGAAGACGGGAGAGAGACGAAUGAACGUCGACAAGCUAGUAAAGUUACCACUGAUGCAGUCAAUCUUCACUGAAGUACUCCGACUGCACAUGAACUUCAAUCUCCUCCGUCACGUGAACGAAUCGAUGAAUAUCGACGGAAACACGGUCGCUAAAGGGUCUCUGCUGUCCGUCCCCAUGGUCAUGGCUCACUACGACGAGGAUGACUGGAAAAAUGAGGAACACCCUGUCACGGAAUUCUGGGCUGAGAGACAUAUCACGUGGGUGGAACGAACGAAUGCGCAGGGUGAGGUAGUGACAGAACGGGCUUUCACCGUGGCCAGUCGCCCAAGCUCAUAUUUUCCUUUCGGUGGUGGGCGUCACAUAUGCCCUGGUCGCUACCUUGCCAAGCGGUUGAUUUUUGUGGCGACUGCGGUGUUCAUCAGCCGUUUUGAGAUCGAGUCCGUUUGGUGGACCAAGUUGGAUGGGACAGCUUCAGACAGGCCGGGAGAAGGCGACAGACGUUUCAGUGGAGUAGGCUCCAUGCCUCCAGACCGCGACUUGAAAAUCCGGUGCAAGCGAGUUUCACAAGUAGUCUUAUCGAGCUAGACGGUCUUCUUACAUACGUACCGUAUAUAUAUAGCAACGAG